AUGCUCUAUCAGAAUGAUAGAUGUAUGUACACGGGGCAUCGUUUAGACAAUAAAAAGAAAAGAUAAUGGGCCCGAGUAGGCCCUAAACGAAUCAGAAGCUCUUCAACGCGGUCGUUUUAAGAUCCCAGGUGCUGCUACGGUUGAGAAAACCCCUUUGUUUUGAAAAUGGAGAAAUCGAUAUCCACCGCAACUCCUCCUCCUCCUUCCGCUACUUCUUCUCUUCCGCUUCCUACAGCAGCAGCAGCAGCAGCAGCAGCAGACCAGAGAUCUUCGCCGGCGAUGGACUUAGAUAGCCCGCCGGUUCCGAGUCGGGCACAUAUAGGAGGAGCUCAGGUGGUGGCUCCAACAGAUCCGUCGUCAAGGGGAAGAAAGAGAGGGCUGGAAGGGAAGAUAAAGAUAGAGAACUCAAACUACUACAAGAUUCGUCUCCUUGUCAAAGAUCUUCGCCCUCACGUUCUCGAGGUACUACGAACUCCCGACUUCAGAAACUGUAAGGCAGCUAUCGAGAUUCAAGACAAGAUGAAGCUUUUGCUUCAGCUGUACCAAGAGAUGAUUGGACAAACACCCAAACGUGAGAAAACUACUAACACAACCCACUCCUCCUUAUCCAACGGCAAGGCAGUCACUCCAACACCCGAGCCAAGCACUGUUAAUAAGCACAACUCUCUUGGUGACGACACGAUCGUUGGAGGCUCUGCUUUUGGCUGGAACUUCGUCACCUAUGGAGGCACAAAAGCUGUUUACUGUGGACUCUCCAAGGAAGAAUACCGAAUCUCUCACCCUAUUAUUCAAGCAGGAGAUGUUGAAGCUCAACACCACAACACCCAAUUAUAAAGGUUUUCUUUAGCCUUCCUGUUAAUGUUGUUUGUUUUCAUAUAUUGUAGUACAUGCAUGCACUUUCGAAGUGCCCGUACAAUCCUAUUGUGUUGUAUCAACUGAAAAACCAAUGGGAGUAGCUUCUACUCUACCAUCAAUGUUUAAUUAGU